AUACAACGUGUGUCGUAUUCCCUCUUUGCCGCAUUACGGUACCAGAUGACCAUGACGUCAUUACAAUAGCCAAGAUGGAGGCCGUCCCUAGGAUGCCGAUGGUGUCCCUGGAUUUGAAAUUUUCCCCAGUUGAAGAAGACGAGUUCGGCCCUGUGAUAAGAAAGUAUGUGAGUACAUUUUAUGGUGAAGAUCCCAGAGGAUAUGACGAAGAAAUCAGAAAACUCCGACAAUUACAACAGUGUGCAGUCCAAGUAAGCCAGGAUUUUGAGGGUUGCAGCAUCCUGAGGAAAUACUAUGGACAACUGCAGUAUCUCCAAAGCAGGUUUCCUAUGGGUGACGGCGGUGAUGCAGCUGUGCCCUUUACAUGGAGUGAUGUUUACUCUGGCAAGUUGAUCAGCUUUGCUGACAUCCGGUUUGAACAGGCUUCAAUCCUCUAUAAUCUGGCUGCCUUACAUUCUAUCCUUGGGUCUACAGACAACAGAAUGUCUGAAGAGGGUAUGAAAGUUUCCUGCACGCAUUUCCAAUGUGCUGCGGGAGCCUUCAGCUAUUUGAGAGACCAUUUCGGGAGCCUACCUACACCUGAUACAUCAUUUGAUAUGCUGAACUUUUACAUCAACUUGAUGUUGGGACAAGCACAAGAAUGUCUGCUGGAAAAGUCAAUGCAGGACAACAGAAAACCUUCCCUGGUUGCCAGGAUCAGUAUGCAGGUUGUGGCAUUCUACACACAAGGUUUGAGAAUUCUUGACACUCCUGAUGCCACACAGAUUAUUGGAACAAAACAUCACAAGGAGUGGAAAAGGCUUUUACAGAUCAAAAUCAACUACUUCACAUGUAUUGCACAUUUAUUCAUGGGAAAUCAAGCUGACGAGCAGCAAAAGUUUGGAGAAAAGGUCACUUACUACAAGAGUGCAUUUGACAAGUUAACUGAAGCAGUUAAACUAGCAAAGGGUCAAGUAGACACCAUUUCAGAAGCCUUGCAGUUCACUAUGGAUGUGGUGGGAGGAAAGUAUGGAGGAGCUAAAAAAGAUAAUGACUUUGUUUAUCACGAGACAGUUCCACCAAUCGAGUCUAUGCCAGAACUAAAAGGUGCGUCAUUAGUGAAGGCCCUUCCUUUCCAGCCAAUCGAUACAAGUGUUACAGGGCCAGAUAUCUUUGAGCGACUAGUGCCCAUGGAGGCACACGAGUAUUCCUCCAUGUACAGUGAGGAGAAGGCAAAGCUCCUACGGCAGGUUGUUGCAGAAAUUGAACUGAAAGAUGAACAGUUACACCAAUAUUUAGAGUCCCUGGAUCUGACUCAGCUGUUGGAGACACCAGAGUCCAACCGGCUCCCGCAGUCACUGCUGGAGAAGUGUGCAGCCAUGAGUGUGAGGCAGGAUACCAUGAAAACCCUGUCUGCAUCCAUGCAAGUAUUAUCUAGUGUGAGGUUGGAUGUGGAGGAAGGGCUGACAGAAGUGGAACAGCUGGUAGGGGAUGAGAAGGUGAAGGAAAAAGACUUCCAGGAUGCAUACGGACCAAGGUCAACCUCCAUUAUCUGCAGUGAAAUCGCGCGAGAGUUGGACAAGUACAAGGAAGCACACGCUAAGGCCUCCCAGACCAGCACAGACCUACGUACAUCCAUGAGCACCCAUGUCAACAACCUUAAACUUCUGUCUGGACCUUUGGAUGUUCUACAGGCAGCGCUGCCUUCACAGAACAUCAUGGAUGCACCAGUUGAUGAGAAUGUGAGGAAGAACCUGAAGAUGUUGAAGGAGAAAGUAGAAGAGAUGCAGCAGCAGAGGAAGAUGCUGGAGAACCAGCUAAGGGAGCAGAUCCAGAAUGAUGACAUUACCCAAGUACUGGUCACACGGGAUCAAGGCAAUUUAGAGGAUUUGUUCAAACAGGAGCUUAAGAAGUAUGACCAGGUGAUAGCAUACAUCCACCAGAACCUAGCUGCUCAAGACAAUAUCCUAAAGGCACUCACUGAGGUCAAUGCCAAGUAUGCAGCUACGAGGAAGGCCAGCAUAGAGACUGAACAAAGGAGACAAAAUAUGGUCCAGUCACUGAUUGCCUCUUAUGAUGCAAAUGAAGACCUGUUGGCCAAGUGUCAGAAAGGUGUGGACUUCUACCAGAAGCUGCAGACCAAUGUCAGCAAACUUCUCCAGAGAACCAGAGGUGUGUGUAAGGUACAGGAGGAGGAAAGACAGCAGAUUAUGGACAGGACAAAAAGCAGACGCCCCAAGAAGCCACCAGCCCGUCCCACUGCACCAAAACCUAACCUUGGCCCUACAGCUGCAUCAAUGGCUCCCCUGCCGACGCCCAUCACCACUGGAGGACCUUAUAACCUUGAGGAACCAGCUGUUGGUGUGUUCCACACAGUUGUACCACCUAAUCCUCCACAGUUCUCCACUCCUUACUCUGUCAGAACCUCAAAUAUCCCAGCUGCAUUGUCCGUGCAGUCCAAUCUGAGGCCAAGUACAAACCUGGACAACACUAUGUCAUCCACUGGUACAGAUGGAAGUCUGGCAUAUGGGAGUGCUGACAUCAAUCCAGUGCAUGAUCCUUUAACUGCACCAACUCAGACAGAUUUCCAAGGCCCCCCCUCCAGUUGGUCACACCAUCAGAAUACUCCAGCCCAGUCAGUAGGUCAGCUGUCAUCCACAACCUUGCCUCAAUCUGUGAAUAACGGACAAACAUAUCCUCCACAGUGGAGUUUCCUAAAAGGCUCUUCAGAAGACAACAUGUCAUGUGGAGAAGGGGUGAUGAUGAGUAACCUCCACACACAGCCAUACCAGAGCAUACAGCAGCAGCCUGGUCCUGUACAGCAGCACACAGGAGGACACAUGCAUGGGAAUCACUUCCAGUGGGGUGGCAGUGGAAUGGCCCAGACAGUUGACACUCUCAGCACCCCUAUUGUUACCCACAAACAACAGGAAAGCCUUCUGCCAGCCAUGCAGCUGCAGGAGAAAGGCCCAGCUUUUCCGUCUGCAGGACAAACCCAGGAACUUCCUCACAAAUUUAACCCUGGUCAGCAGUAUGACCAGACAACAAUCAGCUCCACUCAUCAUCAGGGGAGGUUUCCUGUCGCCAGCAACAGCCAGCAGCAAGCACAUUUGCAGGAAGACAGUGCUUAUGGAAUUCAGGUUCCUCAAACGGUUGUCAGUGACCGUUGUGAAUCUGUUCAACAUAGCUCAGCUCUUCAUUUCCCUACUGCAAAUCUGAAUGUGAACAACUCAGUUCCAGCCUAUGCUCCUCCUAAUCUAUCAUCAGAAAUGCAGUUUAUGACUAUUCACCCUGGGACGGGUCAAGACUUUCAAACUAUCAAAUCACCAGGUUUGCAUGUUGUCACUAAUCAGACGGCCGAUGGUACCGUUCAUGGUGUUCAUCCCCAGCUGCUGCCUUCAGGUCAGCUUCCAUUACUACCACAGAGUAUCCCUCAGCACCAAAUGGUACCAACAUCCCAACUGCCUUUCCAAAGCACUCAACCAAUUAAUCAACAGGAUUCUAAUGUAGACAAUCAGAAUGUACAUCCGGUGACUUUCCUGGCCAACCAGAAUGCUGCUCCAGGACGGAAGGAGACAAAUUUGCCCAAUCAGAAUGUUCUUCAGAUCAAUCCAUCAGCUGCUAUUGCCAGUCAUGAUCAGCAUUUCCCUGCAGUUGGACCUUCAGCUGGUAUGGUGGGUGGUGGGUCUAUUCUGCAGCCUGUUCCUGUCAUGAGCUCCACAGGCAACACUGGUACUGAUGACCUGCUAUCAUCAAGUCCAGAGGGUGAACACCAGGCUCUCAAAGACUCUCAUCAGGUUCUGAUGCCAAAAGUUCUGACCAAUGAAGACAAACAGGAGCUCCUUAGGAAGACUGAGAAAACCAAGUUACUCCACGAGCCUUAUAAUGACCAGUCAUCCUUAGACAAGCUGUUAGAAGAAGUCAACAAACUUGAGAAGAUAGUUGAGGGUUUGGAGAAGAAGAUGCUGAGUGGCCAGACCAAACUUGAGAGUGACUGGAAGAGUAUGAUGGAGGCCCAGGAGAAGGAGUCAAGACAAAAGUCCAUUUCUGUUGCUCGCUGCUACUCCAUGAAAAACAGACAUCCAGACAUCAUGCCCUAUGAUCAAAACAGAGUAAAGCUUUCCAGCCUAAAGGAUGAUUACAUCAAUGCCAGCCAUAUAGUGCAUUACGAGAAUCCUUCCUGUCCAAGGAUAAUUGCUACACAAGCCCCCCUCCCCUCCACAUAUGCUGAGUUCUGGACAAUGGUGUAUGAACAGCAAGUUUCUGUCAUCAUCAUGCUACUCAACCAGGAGGAAAGUGGAAAGAAAUGGCAUUGCUAUUGGCCAGCAGAACGAGGUGUUGCUGUGAACUAUGGUCAAGUGACUGUCAGCUUGUACAGCAUUAAGACUCUUCCUACACACAUAGAAAGGAUGUUCAACAUCUCACACAAGGAGACCCGACUGAUGAGGUCUGUAGUUCAUCUGCAGUUUACAGGAUGGCCAGAUGGAAAGAGUGUUCCAGACAGCCCAGAUGCAUUUUUGCAGUUCCAGAAAGAAGUCCUGGAAUAUCACAGACAACAGAGGAGCCUGCAGACACCCAUGGUGGUUCACUGCAGUGAUGGUGUUGGGAGGACAGGAGUGUUCUGUCUACUGGCUGCUGCUGUUUCAGAUAUCAACACAGAGAGACCCACUCCAGACCUGGUCUCCCUGGUGCACCAGCUCCGCAUGCAGAGAAAAUACAUGAUCUCUGAGAAGGCUCAUCUCCAGUUCUGCUACAAAGCUGUGCUGGCACAUAUAGAGAAUCUUCUUAUCAAACGUGGAAUCUUGAGAAACAAAAGUCCAGAGAUGCAAACAGCAGAUACAGCUACAGAAGCCCCAAAGGUUGGAUAUACACGACUGGAUUCCUUUGAUCCCCUUUCUGAAGAUGCUCCGUUGACCAAAGUCCAGUCAUCUCUGGAGAAGCUGAGCAAAGGAGAAGGGACAGAUUUCAGUGGCUCUACUUGUCUUCCAUCAGCAGACCUACAACAGACACUGGGCCUCAGAAAUACCAAACAAGAAAGGGAUAUCAGCCUUUCAGCCCUCACCACCUCUUCUCCCUCUAUUCCUGCUGCCAUUAAUACGGAUCCACAGCUGGAGGCAGUCCACAGCUCUCCACCGGCAGCACAGCCCUCAAUGUCUCCUAGCCCAGCAGAAAUGUCCCCUAGCCCAGCAGUAAUGUCCCCUAGCCCAGCAGUAAUGUCUCCUAGCCCAGCAGCUGCACAGCAGCAGCUACCUGCACCACAUAUGCAGCCUUCUCCAUCGCUGCCUGAGAAGGGUACUGUACAUGGUGUUAAAUCGAAGAACACGACAGGGAUCAGCAUGCAACAUGAAGUACAAGGCAACCAGGAUUGUCUCAUUAGUAGGAGAUCUGAAGGGACUAUGUUAAGCAAAUGUGACAGAAAUACCCCAGUUCUGCAAGAUUUUUUGGUAAAUGUUCCUUCCCAAAAAUUGAGUAGGAAGACAGAUUUUGAGCAGAGAAAAGGGGGUCUUGAUGUACAAAAAGACCCAGCUGACCCUUUCAGCCUACUGGACCCAUUUUGGACAAUGAAGACAGAAUAGAUGAGAUCAGCCAUAGCAACCAAUCAGAUUGAAGUGUUAAGUGAAAAGGUGACAGAAAACUCAACUCAUUAGACUGAAAUAAUUUUAACAUCUGAAAAAGUUUUCUGUGCCUUUAGAUGGGUAUCUGUCAAAUUAUAUCAAAUUCUUUCUGCUUCAACUACAUGCAUUGUACAGCUGUAUGUGUCAGUCAUAGAAAUUCAGACUGCCCUAUCUAGUUCUACUACAUUAAUCCCAGAAAAAGGCCUCAUUGUUUGAUAAACAAAAGUUAUUUAAAGGUAUCAGACGGUAUACACAGCAUUAUAUAGAUUUUACAGGUUUAAGGCCAUGUUGAUUUGAUUAUUUGGAUCAGAUAUUGGCAUGCGCAUCAAUUUUCGUCCUUUUCCAGAAAUUAAAAAAAAGUUUUAACCAUGCUUUGAAUUGUACAAAACAUCUGCAAAAGGAGCAAAUACAUGUCAUGGAUUAAACAAAAAAUAUAUCGGGAAACUGUCAAUUCCAAUGUCAAAGAAGAAGACUGUGAAAAUGAAGAAUCUAUUGUUUGGUAUUCAAAGUGGUGUUCGUCAUUUGUUGAAUCUUCCAGACCACUUAGACUUCAUAAUGAAUGCAACUUUUUUUUGGUCAACCUUUUUUUAUUUACACGCUCGCAUCAGUUUUGGGCUUCACAGAGAAUUUCAUCUAUAUAAAUGAAUCAACAUAGUUACUUACUUAUCCUCUUCGUCCCUGGAGAGACAUAAGGCCAUAACUUUUUCAAAUCAACAUGGCCUUAACUAAAAGUUAAAAGUAUUACAUGAUGCAUUUUCCCUGCAUUCAGUUAGUGGAUAUGCAAUGUACUUAUAUGCUUAUUCCUGUGGCAAUGUUUGUUUAAGAAGAUUAUCAAUAAUAUCUAUAUAUAAUCAAUAAGAUUUCUGUUCCUCAAAAACGUGUUUCAAUAAUUUAAUACCUGACAAUUGAGCUACUCUCGGCCAAACUCUUCCUGUCCUACAUGAAUUGAUUCCAGUUCUCUUUUACCAUCAUCUCCUGGGUUACAGAAGGAGGAAAACACGGAAUGUGCAGGCUGGACAUCAUAUAUAAGAAAAUGAACAUGCUGAAAGUGAUCAGUUCAACUUUGACAUUAUCAUUUUCUCAUUCAGGAUUUGAGAGUGGCUUGAUUAUGAGCCUUAGGAGGAAGAUAACACUAUGAUCAUCAGAAGGUUAUAUGCUAAUAAGGUGUACAUUUGUAAUGGUUUGCAUGUAUUGUGUAAAAGGAGCUUCAACAUUAAGUGGUACUAUCCAGUAUUUGUUUAUACUGCUGCUGGGAUCAUUAACACAGGCAUAGGCAGCAGUCAGCUAAAUUAAAAUCAGUAAAAUUACUCUUGAACCUUAGACACUUACAUGUUCAUUGCUCAAGUUAGAUAUGCUGAAUAAUGCACACCUUGUUAUUAACUUACACUUACAUGAAUGGCACCACUUCUGCUUUGAAAGCUGAUAUGUAAAAAGUUAUUAUCAUGGUAUAAUUAUUUCGAUGUGAUAAUGCAACAAUAGACUCCUAAUUUUUUUGGUCAGUGGCAAUUGAUUUGUGAUGUGGAUCGCCCCUUUCAUUGAUAUUCAGACUUAACAGUUUUGAGAAGCUGUUGUUCAGUUGGUUGACAGAAUAGUACAUGUACAUGCUAGAUCUUAGAUUGGUAAUGAUCUAUGAUAUGUACAUGUUAACUGAUAUGUAUACUCGUGGUAAAGCUGGAAAUUUUGUAUGAAUACAUGAUUGCAGAUACAAUAUGCAUUUGUAAUGUAACUUGUAUUGUCCAAAGGCUUGAAUGCCAGGCAGAAGUUCACAUCACUCGCUGUCUGCAGUUCCCUGUUACAAGUUACAAUCCUGUGCCAUGACAGGAUUGGAAUGCUGAUUGUUCUGCCAUACAUACACAUGCAUGAAAUAAACUAAUAUUUGAUAUA